CCUGACAGGUCAUAUCAAAGAAAAAAAAAAUACAGCACCCAUACCGCACAGCAGCAGCAGUUAUGUUGUGCAACCGACUUCUCCCACCACGGUUUAAACGUAUUUUGCGGCAUGUUUUACAAACCCACUGGACGCGUACGUCUUCCAGCCAAGCUCUUUCCCAACAGUACAUUCGUAAUAUUGGCAUUUUAGCUCACAUCGAUGGAGGUAAAACAACCACUACCGAGCGCAUGCUUUACUACUCAGGAAAAACCAGCACCCUUGGGGAAGUACAUCAUGGAAACACGGUAACCGAUUUUUUAGCCCAAGAGCGAGAACGUGGAAUAACAAUAUGUAGUGCGGCAGUAAGUUUUGAAUGGCGCGAUUAUCGGAUUAAUCUGUUAGAUACUCCUGGGCAUAUAGACUUCACGAUGGAGGUGGAACAAUCGUUAGCCGCUGUCGAUGGUACUAUUGUAAUCCUCGAUGGUUCCGCAGGAGUUGAAGCGCAGACAAUGACGGUGUGGAAUCAAGCUGACCGACACAAACUGCCUAGAUUGAUUUUCAUCAAUAAAAUGGACAAAGAGAAUGCAGAUUUUAAGGGGUGCCUGCUAGAUCUUAGGAAAAAGCUUGGUAUUAUUCCUUUACCACUGCAGUUGCCCUACCGUGAAGAGGACAAACUCGCUGGCGUUAUUGAUAUAUUAACUGGAACGAAGGUUGUUUGGGACAAAAGUGUAAAUGGGCGGACGUACAAGAGAACUCCCCUCUCCGGAGAUUAUCUGCUUGAAAGUCAACGCAAAAGAAACGAAACUAUUGAUAUUCUUUCCGGAAGCGAUGAUGACCUGGCAAAAGUAAUUAUAGAAACUAACAGUAUGGAUAAUUUAUCUAACGAUUUGGUGCAGGCAGCAAUUCGAGCAUGUACCUUAAAACAGCAAGUCGUUCCGGUGCUUGUAGGAGCUGCUUAUAAAAAUAUUGGCGUUCAGUUGUUGAUGGAUGCAGUGCUCAAAUUUCUACCAGCCCCGAAUGAACGGAAUCAAAUCUAUGACAGCUUUGGGUCUGAAUUCGUGGGAAAGGUUUCUAAAGUUACCCAUGAUAAGCAACGUGGCCCGUUAAGUUUGAUUCGUGUUUUUCGAGGGAACUUGAAAAAGGGGGCGAGAAUUGUUACCCACAAAGGUGUGGCAGAAACAGUUCAAAGAAUUUACGCACCAUUGGCUGAUGAGUACAGAGAAGUUGCGAUGAUUGAAGCCGGAAAUAUCGGUCUCUGUGCUGGCCUCAAAUCAACCGUAACCGGAGAUUUGAUCAUUCCGAAUGUUUCCGUUCUAAGAAAAGCUAUGAAUCAUUUGAGUACUGUUGACGUGAGCUCAAAAGAAGAAGAUGUGGUAAAUGAAGAAGUGGCUCAGAAAUUGUUCCUCAAUACUGUGGUCCCAGACGCGGUUUUCUUUUGCUCUAUCGAACCGCCAUCAACCGCUUAUCAAGUUGCUUUGGAUACAGCUCUAAAGGAAAUUCAACGUGAAGAUCCCAGUUUGAGGGUAUUUUACGAUGAAACCACGAUGCAAACCGUUCUUGGUGGAAUGGGUAAGUUACAUCUAGAAGUUAUCAAAUCCCGGAUUUUGUCUGAAUAUAAAAUUGACGCCGAUUUGGGACCACUUCAAAUAGCAUAUAAGGAAUGUUUGGAAGAACCUUGCCGUGGUAGCUGGACAGCGGAGAAAGAAAUAGCCGGUCAUCGACAGUCGGUGCGGAUGGAGCUAACAAUUCAUGAGAAAAAGUAUGACGAUAGGUUUCGGUUAGAUAAUUCCCCGGAAGCUCAAGAAAAUUUGCGACUGAUUCGGCCGAAGCAGCUAUCGUUCGUCAGAAAAGGAACAUUAGCAGCUCUGGAGCGGGGUCCCAAGCUGGGAGGUCAAUUGACAGAUGCGGCAAUCACUCUGCAUCGGUUAGUGAUCGGUAAAGGAACUGCUGAUACAUUUAUAAUGGCUGCCGCAGCGCAGUGCGUUCGAUAUGUACUUUCUACGGCUAAAUGUCGACUUAUGGAACCGAUUAUGUUGUUAGAAAUCGUAAUGCCCGCCGAACAUUUGAGUGCUAUUCAAGCCGAUUUGAAUCGAAGACGAUGCACGAUGUUAGAGAUCCGCUCUCGUGGAAGCUAUCAAAAAGUGCUACGAGCGAAUGCCCCACUUGCGGAGUUGGACGACUAUUCCAGUGAGGUACGAUGCAUUAGCUCUGGUACGGCUAGCGUAUCGAUGGAACCAAAUGGUUACGAAUUGCUAAGUGCAAUGGACGAGACAAGUGCAAUUCGAAGGGCACAUGGGUUAGAGUAAUGCGAGUGAGUGAGGUAUAAUUCGAAUAUACCUGCUGUAAAUAUUAAAAUAA